AGUAGCAUACGAUCGUAGCUAACAGGUUACAUGACCAAGACAGUUUGACUGAAUUAUUUGUGACGAGGAUUUUGUGGAGUUGAAAAGGUGUUUCCAGCGACAUGUCAUUUAUAUUUGACUGGAUCUACAAGGGAUUUAGCGGUGUGCUCCAGUUUUUAGGCUUAUAUAAGAAGUCUGGGAAGCUGGUGUUCUUGGGCUUGGACAAUGCUGGGAAAACGACAUUGUUGCACAUGCUGAAGGAUGACAGGCUUGGACAGCAUGUGCCAACAUUACAUCCAACAUCAGAAGAGUUGACAAUUGCAGGAAUGACAUUCACCACAUUUGAUCUCGGUGGUCAUGUGCAAGCAAGAAGAGUGUGGAAAAACUAUCUUCCUGCUGUUAAUGGAGUGGUCUUUCUUGUGGACUGCGCUGAUCAUGAACGCUUGGCUGAGUCCAAAGUUGAACUUGAUGCUCUGCUGACGGAUGAGACCAUCUCGAACGUGCCCAUCCUGAUUCUAGGAAACAAGAUUGACCGCCCCGAAGCCGUCAGCGAAGGCGGCCUCAGAGGGGCCUUUGCUCUCGAUGGCCAGACCACAGGAAAGGGAACGGUCUCUCUGAAAGAGCUGAAUGUGCGCCCCCUGGAGGUCUUUAUGUGCAGUGUGUUGAAGAAACAGGGCUACGGCGAGGGCUUUCGGUGGCUCUCCCAAUACAUUGACUGAGUGCUGGAUAAACACCUGAUUUCCCCUUCUGUACGUGUUUUUUUUUUUCCCUGUGCACUCUUUUCACAGAGGGGAAAUAGGUAAGGAGAAUGACACCAAAAUGGCGUUCCCUAUCCUAUUUGUUUUGAUGGUGACCAAGAAACGAUAGUGGUUUGUGCCCCAGUCUUAACCUGCUCUGGCUCACAACAGUUGCCUACCAUAGCAGUUAUCCUCUUUCAUGUUCUAGUUGUAUUCCUGACAAAGUUUUUUGGUAUUUUGUUUUUGAUCGACCAAAAGUGUUAACAUGACUGGUUCCCCAACACAGUUUACAAGUUUUAUGGCCUAAGAAAUGGCAAGCAGAAAAUCGAAUAGUAUUUUAAUCUACCCAAAGGUGGAGCGUAUCUAACUUGACUUAAAUAUUACUAAAGGUGAAUGUAUGAUGACCUGUGCAGUAUUUUUCAGAUGGUAGAUAUGGUGGACCAAGUAGACCUCGUAGUCCAAUUCAUUAAAAAAGUUAUUGAUGUGGUUGGGAUUGUAAAAGUGGAAGGGUUAAUGGCUGGAAAUGGACACUACAUAGUGGUUAUUGUGAUACAGGGACCAUAGAUGACGCAGUAGUUACAGAAGAAGCACUUCAAGAACUACUCAAGGCCAGUCCAGGUGAUAUUACAGAAACCCUUUAUUGAAGUCACGAUUUGUUGUCAAUGUUUUAAUGUCUAGACUAGAGUCAGGCAUCCCGAUGCCUGCUAGUUAUAGAUGCUGAUAAUUCCAUUGUUCUUUUGGGUCAGUUAAAAGCCAGUGCACUAUUCCUAUUCUAUGGACCAGAUUAGAAUUCUCCAGCGUGGAUUGAAACUAUUUUCCUCAUGGAUGAAGCUAACAUUUCGUCAUAGGUCUGAGGCAGAAGAUUCAGUCUGUCGCCGUGAUGACCUUGGGAGAUGACCAGUUUUACUUUGCCGUAGGCGGUAGCAUAGCUAGUACACGAGUCCAGUCAUGCGAGGACAUAACAUCAGCACCAUAAUAAUAACUUAUAAUUCUUACGUCCAACAUCUUCCUAUGUGGUAUCAAUGCUGAUAUGCUCAUGACCAGAGUUCUGAAACAUGUUGAUAGUGUUUUCACUUAUCUGCAUAUGUCCAAUGGCAAGCCUGAAGCCAUGGGGUCUCUGCUGGUAAGAGACUGUCCUAUACUUCAGAGUGAUGUGUGCUCCCUGUUGCAUCAUCAUUCAAAUGCUCAAAAUUUUGUUGGAACUUUUGACCUGAAAACUUUCCCUGGAUAAUGUCAAAAUGCUCCCUAACUCCCAAUUGUGGCCGUAUAAUUUUGCCUUUUCAAGACAUCAAACUGGCAGUGAAAUUGCAGUGUGGCGUCUGCACUUACAUUUAGAAUAUUCCAGUCCAGGUGAAGAUUUAUUUUUUGUGACAUUUGGUUUUCACAGACACUUGAAGAUAGUUAUUUACUCAAAUGUCAACUUAAACAUCCAGGGCUCUGGUCAAAGCACCCUCACAUUUACGCUAAGAGUGAAUUGUUCUUCAGAAGUCAUCGCAGUUCUGCGCUGCUGUACGGUCAGCUGUUUGAGUGUUAAUUUUUUUGUCUGUAUGUAUGAAAUCUAUUUAGGAGCGAAGGUUGGUUUUGAAAAAAGUUUUACCUAGUGUAUAUGUCUUGUAGAUAUUGUUCAUAUUGUCUGAUAUAUGAAUUCCAUAUAUAGUUAAGGGUUAAGCUUGAAGUGCUGCAGGAACUUUUUGAUUAUCUGCUGUUAUUUAUCGAGAUUGUUGUACAGCAGAUUUGAGAGUAUGCCUACAGUGCAGAGUAACUUUGGCGGCUUGUUCGUCAGUGGUCCUUCAGCCAUGAUGUACCAGUUAUUUAUUGACACCAAUGUAAAUAUUGUAUUAUGGGAUAUGAGUUUGUUUUUGAAUUUGUUUCCUUUUUUGUUUUGUUUUAUUUAUUUAUUUAUUUAUUUAUUUAUUCAAUUAAUUAAUUAUUUAUUUUAUUUUACGGUUCAUGUCAUUGAACUGGUAGCAGAUAUCCAUUAAAGCAGAUUGUGAUAAAUAUCAUAAACCUAUUUUAAACAUCAA